UGUGCUUUGGUUCCGAUCAUAGACGAUGGAGAUGCGGAACAGGGUGUCUCGAUCGGUUUAUUGUUGGGGUGUAGUCUAAAUAAAUAGUUUCUUUUUAUACUAGAGAACUCAAUUAAUACCAAUUAGUUCUAGUGCAAAUUAUGUUCGGAAAGUUAUCGUGUGUUUGAUAUAUAAUCUUCUAAAAGAAAAUUUUCUGAAAAUGGAUUACUACCGUAGUUUUAUGCAUCACUUUUGGAGUGAACAUAUUUGGUUGCCUCCAAAUACGACAUGGUCCGAUAUAUCACCGGAAUCUAGUGAACAUAUAAAUCAUACGAAUUCUAAACAUCUAUUCUUCCCAAUGCCCAUGGCAUUCGGGAUGUUGUUUAUUCGAUAUAUAUUAGAGAAAUAUUGGUUUGCUCCAGUAGGAAGAUCAUUAGGAAUUAAACACACUAGGCCCAAAAAGGCCCCCUCAAUUCCUGCUUUAGAAAGUGCUUAUAUCACUUCUAAAAAAUGGAAACACAAACAAAUACAAGGACUGGCAAAACAAUUGGAUAUGUCUGAAAGACAGGUAGAGAGAUGGCUUAGGUUAAGAAAAGGUCAGAAUAAACCUUCUACUCUCACUAAGUUUUGUGAGAAUGCUUGGAGAUGUACAUACUACAUUUUCAGUUUCUUCUAUGGAAUAUAUAUUCUAUGGGAUAAGCCAUGGUUGUGGAACAUAAAUGAGUGCUGGACUGACUUUCCCCAUCAAUCGGUCACUAAGGACAUAUGGUGGUACUACAUGAUCUCUAUGUCAUUCUAUUGGUCGCUCUGUGUAUCCCAGUUCUUCGAUGUCAAGAGGAAGGAUUUCUGGCAGAUGUUCAUACAUCACAUCGCCACCAUAGUUUUGAUGUCAUCAUCUUGGAUAGUAAACGUUUUCAGAGUAGGCAGCCUUGUUCUAGUGGUGCAUGAUGCUGCAGAUAUCUUGUUAGAGGCUGCUAAAAUGGCCAAGUAUUCUGGCUUUCAGAAAGUAUGCGAUUUUACAUUUGCUACAUUUACCAUUGUAUGGAUAGUUACUAGAAUAAUCAUCUUUCCAUUCUGGAUAAUAAGAAACACAUCUAUUGAUGCACCAAGGAUAGUGCCAAUGUUCCCUGCCUAUUAUAUCUUCAAUGGUCUACUGAUUCUUUUGUUGGUACUGCAUUUAUUUUGGACUUAUCUAAUCCUGAAAAUAGCCUAUAAUGCUGUCAAUGCUGGGCAAAUGGAAGGAGAUAUAAGGUCAAGCAGUGAUAACUUCAGUGAAGACUCAAACGAGAACGAGAAUAAUAAAGAGAAAGAGAAUAAAAAAUCCUCAUAAAUCUUUCGAUUAAGAUUUUGGCAUGGAAGAGAGAGAAUGCCAAGGGUUAUGUGUCCAAUAUUUGGUUAGUCUUUUUGGGUUCAAAAAGCAAGAAUGAUUUCCACCUGUUGGGCAUUUUGAAAAUUUUAAUACUUAAGAAUAAAUCCACGUUUCAAAGUGAGUUUGAAACUAGGUAUAAUUUAGUUGCUCAAAAUCAGAAUUGCUGAUUUUGCUCAUAUUCCAAUUAUUUAUUUCAUGUCGAGUUAAGGUUCUGAAAUUUAUAAUGCUAUAUAAGAACAAAGCACUCUUCUUAAUAUAUUUACAUAUUAUUGGUUUUAUUAUUAUUAUUGUUUUUGUUAUCUUGUUUAUUCAAUUUAAGUGCCAAACUUUACAAAAAUUAUCUUUUGUGAUUCACUUUUUCAUCACCGAUAUCAAUUAAUCCUUAUAUUUAUUGAAUUAUCAUUUACUUCGAUUAUACAUUAGCUUAUUCUCGUUCACUUUACAAAAUAUAUAACUCCAUUCUGAAUAAUUCAUUGAAAAAUCUAUUUUUUCUGGAAGAUUGAAAAAAUAAAAAUCAAAAGUUUCAAACUCACUUAAAUUGUAGCACAUUUCAUUUCACAUAAAUCAAUAAUAAUUUCAUUUAGAACAGUCUGUUAGAUUAUGUUUUACAGUUUGAAAAUAAAAAACACUGUGAAUGUUGAGAAACAUUUAUUUAGCUAUGAAAAUUUGUUAACUGAUAAAGAUAUUUUAUUUCUAGAUUGGUUAUAGUAAAUUCAAUUUUUUCUGAAGGGACUUAAGGGAAGCAUGUAUCUUUCCUUAAUCAGCAAAUCCACUUUUCAUAAUGAAGCUUAUUAUUUAAUUGAAAAAUAUUAGAAUUAUUUUGUAUUAUAUUAUCUCUUCUGAUGCACUUAUAAUUUUUACAGCUGAAAAAUUACCCAAGAUAAACAUAGAGCUGUACCAAGUUGAACCAAAGUGUAUUCUAGGUUAUCUUAAUCUCUGAAAUUGGACAGGCACUCAAACGUGCGAAAUGUGGUUUUCUACAAAUUUUUAAAUUGCAUCACUAAUUUUUUUUCAAGCAUGUUUCCAGUUUGAGUGGUUGUGCAUGUGAGUAAGCAAAUCCUUUUACUUUUAAAUUAUUUUUGUUAGCUAUUUUCACAUUGAUGAUGGGUUUUUUUGUAGGUGUGAAUAUCACCUGAAUCACUCAAUUAUAUAUUAAAAUAUAUUGACUGAAAAAUU